AAACACCAGUCAUAAUUAGCCGGCUCGGGCACCUGUCGGCUCAUUCAUGUAACUUCGUUUAUAACCGUCAUAUUCCUCCGAGGUGUGAUACAUCAAUAGCUCUCCCUAUAUUUGCUCAGCUCUCGAGCUGGAGGUCCUCUUCUUGUGUGACAUGACUGGGGUUAAUGUCUGAGUCUGUGACGGCUGUUGAAGUCUUACAAACCAGCUACAGACACUCAACAUGCAGAACGUGGUAAUCGAUAAAAACAGCCAUCGUUUCAUCAGCUGCACUUGACGGAUGAACGCUGGACCCAUUUCCACUAUCUCUAAUGACGUCAUCAAUGACCUUAAUUACACUGCAUCGGGACUCGUACCAGAUAGGGGUCAAGAGGAGUCGUUCCCCUUGGCUUCUAAAGCUGUGUUGACCAUUCUCCUGGUAAUCGUGAUCGUUAUAGGAUGUGUGGGCAAUUAUGUCGUCUGCUUGAUUGUUUACAAAAACCCCGCCAUGAGAUCAGCCAUCAACAUUCUACUGGCCAACAUGGCACUGACCGAUAUUCUUAUAUCUGCAGUCUGCAUGCUUCCUGCAAUCAUUAUGUUAUUCUCGGAGAACAAGAUCAUCGAAAACAUCCCAUGUCGAAUAUUUGCUUUUCUUCAGGAAACAUUUAUGUCAACUGGAAUUUUUACGCUUCUUGCCAUCAGCAUUGAUCGCUUCAGAAUCAUCGUAAAGCGUCGCGAUAAACUCACCAUCGCGCAUGCCAAGAUAUUGACUGUCUUGUCAUGGGGGUUAUCAAUUCUCUUGACGUUUCCACCUCUGAUUGGCUGGGGCAAAUACACAUUUUACCCAGGGCACUCUCAAUGUAUCUAUGAGCUUCAUAACAACAGUUUCCAGUUGAUUUAUUUGAUACUGAAAACCUGUUUUGUUAAUUUCUUUCCAAUAUUUUCCAUGGGAUUUUCUUAUGUUUGCAUCAUUAAUAAAGUAAGGAAGGAUGCAUUGCGAAUCCGGAACUGUCCGGAACUAGAUUCCCGCGUCAGUGUUACUAUUAGCAAUGGAAAACUUGGGCUACCCAUAAUUCAUAGGAAGAAAAAUUCACAUAUUGAUAUUCAUUUCAAGACAAGGUCAUUUAAAACAAUAUUGAUAUUGUUUAUUGCAUUAACAAUAUGCUGGACACCAUAUGGCAUAAAUAUCAUAAUAAGCAAUAUCACCGGUUCGUACGAGUGUAUUCGGAAUACAAUUCUGGUAUGGAUUGGAUUUGUAAAAUGCGCUAUAAAUCCAAUUAUUUAUUUCAUGUACAUUUCGAAAUUCCGAGAAGCAUUUGAAGAACACAUUCCAACGUCAUUUAAACUUUCCAUGAAAUUCAGUAUUUUUACUAAAAGGAGGAUAAAUCCUGCUGCAGUCUACAUGUAUAGUAACAAAUCAGAUCGAACCGGAGGUAAUAAGUAAAGGGAAACGAACGUGUUCGAAAUGUUUAUCAUCGAUUAAAAUGCUUUCUGGUUUA